AUGUUCGGCGUGGGCACCUACUACGACGCGGCUUCAGGCCCAAGCGCACCGUCACCCCGCCUUUCGGCUGACGCUGCGGAGUGGCACCCGCCGUCGUUUCUGGCGAAAACGGUCGAGAACGAGAGCGAGAAGGACCAACAACCGGCGGAAGUCGGCGAAUUGAAGGGCGAGUCACCAUCCGCGGCAGCGACGGCGGCAGAGGGUGUAGAGCAAGAGCAUUGCCCCGGGUCGAACACGCCUCCUGGAGACGACGAGGGGCGGGAGGAUGGAUCGACGCCUGCACCGCUUCCUAGUUCUGCGCCUGCAAUCACAUCCGAUGAGCAAACAGCAGCCGUUUCUCCGCCGGCUGAUGGUAGUUCAUCGGUUCCUGGAGACGAACAAGAGCGGGAAGAUGGAUCAACGCCUGCACCACCUGACUCCGCCCAGGGUGACCCCGCAACCGUCUCCGAUGAGUCAACACCAGUUGAAGUGUUGGCGACCGAGGAUGUCAAGAGCGAUAGCGUGGAAGUUGUAGGAGAUGACGAAGCGCAGCCAGACGGGGUGGAGAGCGAUGAGGCUACGCCAGCACCUGCUUUGGAUGAUGCACCCUCCGCGCCGAGCACCUCAGAAGACGAGGGUCCUCGCAAUGUCGUGCCGGAUGCAGCACUUGUGCUAGAGGAUUGCGCCGGCGUAGCGCCCGACGAGGUGAUGGCCACGGCCAACUGCACCGCGGCCGACAUCAGCACGGCCUGCUGCGAGAAACCCGAAGAGCCGGCUGUGGCGGGGUUAACGGAGACAGCUACUGCUGUCGCCGCCACCGCCGAUCGCCAAGGUACGCCCUCCGAUGGGUGCACGGUAGCAGAGGCAACGGCCGCGGACGCUGACGCCGUCAAUGGUUCGAAGCCUGAGGUGGCGUUGUCGGGAGCAACUGGACAGGAAGACAAGGCGCCUGGAGGUGAGGAGGGUGGAGACGGCACCCGGGGGGGUAAGCAGCUAACGGACGCGGCGUCCUCCGAUUCCGCGGAGACCAGUAGGUCAGACCCCGACCUCUCGUACGGUGGUGGCAAGGGCAAUGGCCUUGUCGGCAAGUUCUUGUUGGGAGAUGACGGCGGGUGCGGGGGGGGGCUCUUGGACGACCCGAGGUGGAGGUGGGGCAGCGUCGUGGCGGUGGCCGCGGUGGUGCUGCUGAUUGGCCUGCGUCGUCGAUGAAAAGGCAGGCAGGGGGCAGCCCAGCGUCAAAGUGGUGGAGGUGUCUUGUCGUUGUACGGCGGAGACUGAGGUGCCCCGGGCGGCGUGCUCGGCAGUUUUUUGUGGGCAGGCUUGACCUUCUUCGAGGUCUAGUUGCGCUCUGGUAUUUAGUGACUCUUUAGGUCUGACCGGAUGUUGAACCGUAGCUCCGCACACGGGGCGUGUCACAUACCCAUGGCCGACCCAACCCACGGCAACCGAGGGCCUGGUGGCCGAAAACUGGGCUCGGCGACAAGGCAGCUGCGCCCAGCCGCGUUCUCGGAAAGCGAACAGAGAGAGCGAGAGCGCUGGAGAGUAAAAGAGCGCUCGACCAAUUACAGGGCGUGGAAGCCUUAGAUAGGAAGAGUCAGGAACAGAUCGUAAAAACUACUGUUUUUUUCCCUGAGGAGUUUGCUUCCGCAAUAGUAUUAUAUAUCGUCCUUGUAAUUUGUGCACAUCCGUCGUGAUUGUAGUUUGGGGUGGGCUUCCUCUCGGGCGGAUGAGGAGCUAUUUGUAGCUGUGGCUGUUCCAACGUGCCGUGUUCGUAGUUGUUUACGACUAUUAUAGACGUAUCUGCCGCGUAUUUGCGAUACCCGCAACAGCGCCGAUUUGGCCCGUGUUUUUCGUUGAUAGACACGAGGCGCGGCAGUGGAAUUCUUGAGUGGGCGUCCGGGAUAAAUCAAACGCGUUGCCUCACGGGUCUUUUGCGCGUUGCUCCCUAAAUUAUCGUGACGGGAUACUGAGGAUGAGUAUGUACCGGGUGUGUGUUGAGAGGCGGUUUUACCACUACAGUACGUGCAGUUCCAACUUUCGUGGCGACUAAGUUCUUGGCUCGUCCAAGGUGCGCGCCCAGGUUGUUUGAUUACGCCAUGUACACCUAUCCUCGUUCAGAUGUAGCCCAGCCGUGUGAAGUAUUUCUUCGUAUGUCGGUGUUAGGUUCGUAGAAUACACGGGCUUCGUUUGGGGCGAGUUGAUUUGUCCUUUUUGGUCCUCACUGUGUUUGUUGGUUUCGUUAGGCCGAUGAACCUCCCGAUGAUAGAGUUCCGUCAUUUUAUUCGACACGUCAGAUUUCCUCCUGUGAAUUGGUAGUUUUAGUGGUGUGGCUUGUUCGAGGGUAGCCUGCUUCAAGUUGCCUUCUCCCACUAGGAGCACGAUACCGAAACAGAAGCGGCAGAAAACUGCCGCGACCGCGAUGUGUGCCCUGUUCGUGUGUCUGCUGCCGUACA